UACAAGUGGCGACGAGAAAAAGGUUACAUCAAGGGUGUUACAUAACUGCUAUGAGCUCACAACCAUUACUAACCCUGGAGGGGUUAGAUUUGGAGGGCGAUCGAAGUUCCAUUGGCAGCAAAUGGGAAAAAUGGAAGAGGUCAUUGUCUAUCUACCUGGAUGCGGCAGAAAUAACAAAAGAUGUGAAGAAACGAGCAACAUUACUGCACUUCGGAGGGACAAGUCUUCAAGAUAUAUUCUACAACUUACCUGGUGCAAACGUCACAGCUGCAGAGAAUGUUGAUGUAUAUAAGACAGCAGUAGAAAAACUUGAUGAAUACUUUCUUCCGAAGUGUAAUCGAGUUUUUGAGCGUCACAUGUUCAGAGUAAUUAAACAAGAAGAUAAUGAAAAGUUCGAAAGUUUCCUGGUACGACUCCGGAAGCAAGCUGAAAAAUGUAGUUUUGAUAAGACAGAAGAUCACUUGAUCGACCAAAUUACUGAAAAAUGUCAUUCAGCUGAGCUUCGAAAGAAAAUUCUAACAAUAGGUGACAGUAUAACGCUAGAAAAAAUAAUAACUGAGGCUAAUACAUUAGAAGUUGUAAACGACCAACUACAAAUAUAUGAAGACAAGACACAGAGUAGCCUAAAUACUAAACAAGUAAACCAAGAAGAAGUUAACUCUAUUUAUAACAAGAAUAGUACAAAAACUAAAAAGGAAGGGCCUCAUGGCAAAUUGAAACCUUCUUGCGUUCGGUGUGGAGGUAAAAUCCAUAAAGAGUACAAGGAUUGUCCAGCUUCAGGGAAGACAUGUCAUGCUUGUGGCAAAAUAGGACACUUCCGCCAACUCUGCAGAUCGGCUGGUCUGAAACGGAAAUUGAAUAAUCAAUCAAGCAAGAAAGAAAAUAAAAAAGCGAGAGUUGAAGUCGAUUACGUAUUUAACAUUGACAGUGAUGCUAUAAUCGAUUGUAUCCUCGGGGGAAUCAAGACAGAAAUGCUAGUUGAUUCUGGUUGUAAACACAAUCUUAUUUCUCUAGAAAAGUGGGAAGUUUUGAAAAAAUUAGGAGCUGUAGCAAUUAAUCAAACACCCAACCCAACCAAAUCUCUUAUGGCUUAUGGCAGUCACACUCCACUCAAUAUCAAAGGGUCAUUUGAGACUACAAUGGAAGCAAAUGGACGCAAAGAAAAUGCAAUAGUUUAUGUUAUUGCGAAUGGCACGCAAGACUUGUUGGGCAGAGAAACGGCGACACGGUUAGGUGUUUUGAAAAUUGGUGCAGAUGUGAAUAAAGUUGAUGAAGGUGUCAUAUCACAAUCAUUUCCCAAGCUCAAAGAUGUAUUGGUAGAAAUUCCUAUAGAUGAAAAUGUACAACCAGUCUCACAGCCAUAUCGGAGAAUACCUUUGCCUAUCCAACAAAAAGUUGAGAGCAAGAUCCAAGAGUUACUCGAUCGAGAUAUUAUUGAAGAAGUUAAUGGACCUUCACGAUGGGUUUCACCAAUGGUGCCCAUUAUGAAAGAAAAUGGAGAUUUGCGGUUGUGUGUGGAUAUGCGUCGUGCUAAUGCUGCAAUUUUAAGAGAAAAUCAUCCAUUACCAUGUAUGGAUAAACUAUUACCGGAAAUUGGGAAAGCUAAAUAUUUUAGCAAACUUGAUAUCAAGGACGCUUUUCACCAGUUGGAAUUACACCCAGAUUGUAGACAUAUUACCACUUUUAUAACAGCCAAAGGGCUCUAUCGCUAUAAAAGACUCAUGUUUGGCAUAUGUUGUGCGCCAGAGAUAUUUCAAAAAGUACUGGAGAAACUUUUAGUUAAAUGCGAUGGGGUCAUUAAUUUCAUUGAUGAUAUUUUAGUUUUUGGGGAGGAUGAACAACAACAUGACAUGCGUCUGGAAAUGGUACUGAAAGUAAUUAAGGAGAAUAACAUACAACUCAAUGAGCAGAAGUGCAUAUACAAAGUGAAACAGGUGCACUUCUUGGGACAUGAACUAUCAAAGCAUGGAGUGAAACCUUUGCCAAAGUAUAUGGAGAGCAUCACCACCUUCAGACUUCCGAUAACAAUAGAAGAACUACAGAGCUUUUUAGGACUUGUGAAUUAUGUUAACAAGUGGUUACCCAAUUUAGCCACCAGAACAGAACCUUUAAAAGAACUGUUAAGGAAAAAACUGGGGAAAAAUCUGAUAUCAGACCGUAUUGGACAAGUGAGCAAGACAAGGCAUUUACAGAGCUGA